AGAACAACGUUACUUGACGGGACCCUUUUUGUGUUGAGAAGCGACAGGCUCCUCUCGUGCUGGCUCUCUCGUUCUGAUUCACUUCAUGGAGGCUGUCAUCUAUAAUCAUGCCGGCGAGGACGCCGCGCAGCGACGCGCCGAUCUCCGUCAAGCGAUGCAGGCGUUCCUGACCGACACAUCCUCCUGCACUGCUGUGCAUGUUAUUGGGCUCUUUGUUCGCAUUCCAGUUCCCUCCACCAUCACCGCUGCAGCUCCCUCGAGCGCUUUCACGGCAGACAACGGUCCUUCCUCUUCUUCUCCCUCUGUUGCUACGCCGCACGCACCGAAACGUCAGCGCAGCAUGCAGAAACUGGCGUGGUGUGCGCUGGAGGCAGAGCGACGCUUACGACAAGCUGCUGAAGAUGCCGCAGAGCUAAACAGGUGGAUGCUGUACGGAGCACUUCACCACGAUCAACAGCCACGCAACACGAGAAACCAUCAGAAUCACAAGACGAGGAGUCCGUCUUCUUCAGUGAUAGUAUCAUCGAUAUCGCCGCCUGUGUCUGCCGGGGUGAAAGUGGUGGUGGUGGCCUAUCUAGCUCCGCAAGCACGGGACGAUGUGACCGUGUACGAGAGCUGGCAGCGGUGUGCCGAGGCGUGCACGGCGGCGUCCCCGUCAGCAGCAAGCAGCGACACAGUUCACACAUCGCAGACGACACGGCGACUGUCGCCGCUGCACCGGGCCGCGUUUGUUGCCCUUUCGCUUGGCACACCGUCGUUGCUGUUGACGUGGGCAGAGCACCCUAGACGCUGUUUUGUGAGCAACCUGCUGCUUCCUCACCAGAGCCUGUUGAUGGAUUUGUCGUGGUGCAUCGACGCACUACACACGCCGAGGGCGGAGGGGGCGGGCAACGGUGAGACAGUCGCUGAUGGGACUGGGCGAGGUAGAGUAACAAGUCAGGUGCUUCUGGAUUUGUUUUCGCAGGAUGUGCUGCCGGCUCUGAGGUUCCCCAAAGGAGACAGCCGGUGUGCGUUUUGGUUCUCGUACGCGAGCCUGAUGGCCGCCUUGCAUCCACGUGUGUUCCUGGGCGAUGGCGCAGAGUUACGCCUCGCCGUGCAAGCCGCGCCGCAAGAAGGACGGCACCGUGAGAGUCGCAUCAGCAGCAGCGGCAUCGUGGAUAACGCCGACGCGUUUGCGGUAACACACCAGCGAGUCCGUCAGGUCUUCGGCGCGCUCUUUCAGAACUCCCCCACAGCACCCGGCCGCACACAGGCACUGCGCGUUUUGCUGAGCUAUGGCGGCUCUGUCUCCUCGUUGAAACGCCAGCUGGUUCACGUAGCUGGUGGGCGGGACUGCCGCUGCGGGGGUGCAAGUCCAUUUAGCGCUCCGACAUCCGCUGCUGCGCUGCUGCGGACCCGAAGCCUUGUGGACAUCCACGCGUUGUUCGGGGUGUUGAUGGGCCAUGACCGCACCGACGUCUACGCUGCCGCGGCGGCCUUUGUGCGCACGGCGGUGCGACGAUCCGCGACGCCCUCCCGUGCGGCUGCGAGCGCAGCAACGGUGCGGGUGGCGCAUGCGCUGGAGAGCACGCUGGUGCAGGUGAACGCUGCCGACACAGCAGCAGCCGCAACGCCGGCAUUGAGGGGAACGGCAAAUGCGUUUGUGGAGGUCGGGGCUCGUGCCUUGGCGCGUAAGCGGGCUCGCCUAGAGAGGUGCCGUCUAGGGAAGACCAGGUCACACCUCCGUCCACGCGACUGCGCAGCACGUGCACGCAAGCAUUCGCUGGCGCGCAAAGCACGGCAGGCGUCGACGCUGAAAGGUGCAAGCACAGGUGCAGCGUCGCGGAAAGCCGGUAAAAAGCGCCAUCCUGAGCAGCAGCAGAUCGAUACGACUAGCACGGUGAUCGCCAAGCACGCAGUAGCGGCAUCUGCCGCUGGUGCUCCUCCGGCAAAAAAGUCCAAGGGAGAGGCGGUUGCACUUCCUGGGACGGUGGCCAGCACGGCGAGCGAGACACUCUGUUGGAGUGUGGACGUGGGCUGA